CGCGCAGCUAGCAUGCACCGAGCUAGCCAGUGUUGUUCUCCUGCUUUACAUUGAUUGGAGUGUUUUGUUAUCGCUAUGUCCGGGGGAACAAACCUCGACUUUCCGGCGACAAGUCAGACCAGCUCCGUGUUCGCCGCACAUCGGAAAAAGGACAGCAGUCCGUCAGCCUGGUUUUGGGAGAGUGCUGAUACUUUAGCCCAGCUGGAGCUGGCGCGUCAGUGGCUGGGGAAGCACUACAAGAAGUUUGUAGUGUUGGACGCUCCAUCAUGUCAGGCUUUGGCUGCUGUGACGCUGCAGCUGCUCCAGUUUCAGGAGGAUGCAUUUGGCAAGCAAGUUGCAAGUCCUGCCCGCACCAAACUACCAACUCAGUGUUUCCUGGACCUGCGACCAGGCGGGGGACUGUGUCACAUCCUGGGCUCUGUGUACAAAUUCAAAGUUGAGCAGGGCUGGCGGAGGUUCGACUUCCAAAAUCCAUCAAGAACAGACAGGAACGUGGAAAUGUUUGCUAUGAUUGAAAAAGCACUAAUACAGCACAACUGUAUGUCACAUGCUGUGGUUUAUCUGGACCCUUCACUGGAUCAGGCGCUGGCCAGCAGAAUCAGUGGCAUCGUCACCAAGCACCAGAGCACACUUACGGUGGACAGAGACCUGGCCAGUCACCACAUAUAUCCAUUCCCUGAAUCCACAGAUGAAGAGGAAUGGAUGCGUCCUGUCAUGCAAAAACAAAGCCAUGUCCUGGUACACUGGGGCAUGCACCCUGACAGUUAUGACAGCUGGUUGUCAUCGAGUGAAGUGGACGGCGACGUUGAAGAGCCUCUUAAUGCAGAAAAACCAUGGAGGGUGCAUGCUGGCUGGGUUCUGGACACGGACGAUUUCAACGAGUGGAUGAACGAGGAAGAUUAUUGUGUGGAUGAUAGUAAUGCACCUGUUGUCCUCCGUCGGCGCAUUCGCUUACAAGAAGACCAGGACAUCAAGUCCACUCCCCUCAAAAAGAGACGGCGCUCUCCGUCUCCCCUGUCCUCUGAAGCUCGGAAGAAAGGAAAGAAGGGGAGACGGCGUGGACAGCAGGAGGACGAGGCUGAGGAGGAUUUGACCAAAGAUAUGGAGGACCCCACUCCUGUUCCGAACAUGGAGGAGGUCAUACUACCCAAGAUUGUCAACCUCAAAAAGGACAGCGAAAACACGCCGGUCAAGGGAGGCAUCAUGGCUGACCUUGACGACCAGGAAGACGAUUACCCGGGAAGGGACGAGGAGGAAGGAAGAGUGGAGAUUCCUCGCCUAUUAGAGGGAGAGGACAACAUCACUGAGCAAACCCAUCACAUCAUAAUACCAAGUUUUACAUCCUGGUUCAAUAACAACAGCAUCCACUCAAUAGAGAAGCGGGCCAUGCCGGAGUUCUUCAAUGGAAAGAACAAGUCCAAAUCUCCGGAAGUUUACCUGGCCUAUCGUAAUUUCAUGGUUGACACGUACAGACUCAACCCCCAGGAAUACCUGAGUUCAACAUCCUGCAGGCGGAGUCUCACUGGAGACGUCUGUUCCAUGACAAGGGUGCAUUCAUUUUUAGAGCAGUGGGGUUUGAUCAACUACCAGGUGGACGCAGAGAGCAGGCCACUCCCCAUGGGACCCCCGCCCACCCCUCAUUUCAAUGUAUUGGCCGACACGCCCACUGGGCUGGCCCCCUUGCAGCACAGACCACUACAGGUGUCAGCAUCACAGCACAUGUUGUCCUUCCCAGAAAAAAGCCGCGAGAAGCCUUCGGAUUGCCAAAACUUCGGUCUGCGCAUGGAUGUGUACACCAGGAAACACCCAAAGACGAAGGGAGCGUGUGCAGGGCGGGAAUGGACGGAGCAAGAGACUCUUUUGUUAUUGGAGGCCUUGGAGGUGUACAGGGACGACUGGAACAAAGUGUCGGAGCACGUGGGCUCCAGAACGCAGGAUGACUGCAUCCUCCACUUCCUCCGUCUGCCCAUAGAAGAUCCGUACCUCGAGGACUCGUCCGCCUCGCUCGGCCCGCUGGCCUUCCAGCCCAAGCCUUUCAGUCAGUCCGAGAACCCCGUGAUGAGCACCGUGGCCUUCCUGGCGUCGGUGGUGGAUCCACGUGUGGCGUCCGCCGCUGCUAAGGCCGCACUUGAGGAAUUUUCCCAAGUCCACGAAGAGUCUUUUAACGAAAUAACCUGCAACCAGCUGAAACAAACUGACCCGCUGGAGCCCUCACAAAUGGAGAUUAACACCAGCUCCCAUCAGGUUGCCGUCAACGCCGACGGGCUUUUGGUUGAAUCGAGGGGAUCAAUACUGGAAGGGGAGCGAGUCAAAAGGGAGAACACGGAGGAAAGAGACAGUCUGCAUAUAGGCAGAGAACCUGAGGAUGACAAUGUGCACGGACAAGAGGCAGAAGGGGAUGAGGGGAGAGCGAUGAUGGAGCUCGAUCUGGUGGAGAGCACCGUUACCACGGCAGCAGCAGCAGCCCUGGCCUCUGCGGCGACAAAGGCCAAGCAUUUGGCGGCGGUGGAAGAGCGGAAGGUGAAGUCUCUGGUGGCGCUGCUGGUGGAGACCCAGAUGAAGAAGCUGGAGAUCAAACUGCGGCAUUUUGAGGAGCUGGAGACCAUCAUGGACCGCGAGAAAGAGGCGCUGGAGCAGCAGCGCCAGCAGCUUCUGACGGAGAGACAGAGCUUCCACACGGAGCAGCUGAAGCAGGCGGAGAUGAAGAUUCGCCAGCAGAGGGAGCAGCAAGGCUUCACCACGCAGCUUUCAGGUCAGUCUUUAUCUAACCGCGGAGGGCACAUGCCAGCUGGGGCCUCACGACCCUCAGGAGCGCCCAAUGGCAUGUAUCCCACCCCUCAGGUCGAUGGCAUCACGGCGGCUCAGCCCCUCCCUCCCGCUUCAAGUCACGGCUGAACGGACGGACACUUCAAUGUGACGUGUGUGUGUGUGUGUGUGUGUGUAGGUCAAGAACGACAGCAUUGAUGGUCAGAACCUUCCCGAGUGCCCAUUUGCAAAGUUCAUCAAAAGUAUGUGAAAUAUUUGUGUAGCGUGUCCGAGUCGAGGAAUCUUCAGAUUUAACUCGGCUCAUUAAAGUUGUUUUUUUU